AGCUCUGUGGAGCGGGAUGGCUGAAAUGGUCUUGGGAAGAAUGGGGAGAUUGUGUCAAGGGCCAGAACUUGACUAGAGAUUUCUUUUGCCAGCCUUCAGGUCUGUCCUUCAACAGUGCUUCUGGAAUGUUCUUUUAUGUUUAUCAGUAUUUGGGUGCUAUGUGUGCGAGUGCGAGUGUGUGUGUGUGGGGGAUGGGGAGUGAGGACAGGAGCAGCAACCACUGCUUACACCCAUGACUCCAGCAGAUUUGCCAAGCAUUCCCCCAGGGAGAGGAUAGAUGGGAUGCAUAAAAGCAAAUGAGUAUUUUAGAAACCAAGGGACAGAGAAGGUAAAGGUCAGAGUGAGGUGCACUAGGGUUAGGGAUAGGGGAGCACAGAGGAAAGGCAGAGUCCUGAUGUGGAUGGAAAGAUCAAUGGAAUGGGACCUGGGAGGGUCUGCAGAGCUGGUGGAUCUGUCUGGAGUGCCCCCUCCCCUCCUGCCACCUGCCAGAUGCAUAGGGAAUGUAUUUGGCAUGGGGUGUAUGAGGCCAGGAGUGGAGAGGCAAGAAUGAAGAUAGAAGGAGAGAUGAACAUAUUUGAGAUGUCUUGAACAUUAAACUGUGUUCUUUAUAAAUUCCAUUUUGGAGAGUUCCAAAGCUUCGUAGGCCCCCUCCCUUCCUUUAACAUCACUUAUGUCUUUGGGCUAAUGUUGUGCUUUUCCAAAUUCAGUAAUAUGAAGGGAUAAAUUCCAAACAAAACCAAUGUGUUCAUCCAUCUAAAAUCUAGGAGAUGUGUAUGAUCAAAAGAUAUAGCAGCUUAUUUCUAGUCUUUGUGGAGCUCAAACUCUAGUUAGGAAACUGAAUUGUUGAACACUAUAAUGAAAGACUGUGUGAUAAAACCUGGGAAAAGGUCUUUGCCUUUUAACCAUUUAUUUUUAUCAUCUUCGAUAAUUUUUCCUCCUAUCUGACUGAGAUACCUACUUAAGUGGUGGAAGAAACGGUCUCACACUUUUUAAGCUGAGAAAAAUGCAACGUUAGGGGCAUGACUCAGAAAUCAAUGACCCUGGUCUAAAUCCUGGCUUUGUACCUCCUGGCUGUGAAACCCUGGGCAAGUCACUUAGCCUAAGACUCAGUCUCUACUUCCAUACCAUGGGACUAGGAAUAUAAUCUUUGGGCUUUGUGCAUCAGUGCAGCACCUAGCCCAUGAGAUGCUCUCAAUAAAUGUGAGUUCUAAUAAUUAUUUUAAUUGUGAUUUUUGUAAAGAGACAUUAAAGAAAUAUAUGUGUUUAUUAUUCUCCCUUAUCACCCCAAGUUCCAUCCCAUUUCAGUUUUUAUCAAUCAGUGGACUGAUAAAAGGGCUAUUGCAGACCAUCCUCUCCUCUACAUGCUUUUAUGUUCUCUCUCCUUUUCUCUCUCUAGACAUAUGCUGCUCUGUUAUCGCCAUAAUUACUCAUUCCUGGCAUCCCUCUUUUGUCCCUUACUCAUCUUUCCUUGGUUCAAAACAGAAACAAGAAACCAGAGUCUUUCAGUUGGAAGGAAGGGGCACUUUUUUUCCAUGGCUCAGGACACACUCCUGGGUCAAGUCAAUAGGAAAACUCUCUGUGUGGACCUAUGCCCAAGGACUCUGACCAGGGCUGCAGAUGAGCAUGGCAAGCGUCCGCUGCAAGCUGGCUCGUUACCUGGAGGAUCUGGAAGAUGUAGACUUUAAGAAAUUCAAGAUGCACUUAGAAGACUAUCCUAGUCAGAAGGGCUGCACGUCACUUCCUCGGGGUCAGACAGAGAAAGCAGAUCACGUGGAUCUAGCCACUCUGAUGAUUGAUUUCAAUGGAGAGGAGAAAGCAUGGGCCAUGGCCAAGUGGAUUUUUGCUGCAAUCAACAGGAGAGACCUUUACGAGAAAGCUAAGAGGGAUGAGCCAGAAUGGGACAAUGCAAAUGUUUCUGUGAUGAGCCAGGAGGAAAGCCUUGAAGAGGAGUGGAUGGGUUUACUGGGGUACCUUUCCAGAAUCUCUAUUUGUAAAAAAAAAAAGAAAGAUUACUGUAAGAAGUACAGAAAAUAUGUGAAAAGUAGAUUCCAGUGUAUCAAAGACAGGAAUGCCCGUCUGGGUGAGAGCGUGAACCUCAACAAACGCUUCACCAGGCUGCGUCUCAUCAAGGAACACCAGAGCCAGCAGGAGAGAGAGCACGAGCUCCUGGCCAUUGGUAGGACCUCAGCCAAGAUGCGGGAUGGCCCCGUGAGUUCCAUGAACUUGGAAUUGCUUUUUGAUCCUGAGGACCCACACUCUGAGCCUGUGCACACGGUGGUAUUCCAGGGAGCAGCGGGCAUUGGGAAAACAAUACUGGCCAGGAAGAUCAUGUUGGACUGGGCGUCAGAGGAACUUUACCAGGACAAAUUUGACUAUUUGUUUUACAUUCACUGUCGGGAGGUGAGCCUUGGGAUGCAGAGGAGCCUGGGGGACCUGAUCGCCAGCUGCUGCCCUGGUCCAAACCCACCCAUAGGCAAGAUUGUGAGCAAGCCUUCCAGGAUCCUCUUCCUUAUGGAUGGUUUUGAUGAGCUUCAAGGUGCCUUUGAUGAGCACACAGAAACACUCUGCACGAACUGGCAGAAGGUGGAGCGGGGAGACAUUCUCCUGAGCAGCCUCAUCAGAAAAAGUCUGCUUCCCGAGGCCUCUCUGAUCAUCACCACAAGACCUGUGGCCCUAGAGAAACUUCAGCACUUGCUGGGCCGGGCUCGUCAUGUGGAGAUCCUGGGUUUCUCAGAGGUCAAAAAGAAGGAAUAUUUCUUUAAGUAUUUCUCGGAUGAGCAGCAAGCAAGGGAAGCCUUCAGGCUGAUUCAGGAGAAUGAGAUCCUCUUCACCAUGUGCUUUAUUCCCCUGGUCUGCUGGAUUGUGUGCACUGGGCUGAAACAGCAGAUGGACAGUGGCAAGAGUCUUGCUCGGACAUCCAAGACCACCACUGCAGUGUAUAUAUUCUUCCUCUCCAGUUUGUUGCAAUCCCAAGGAGGGAGCCAGGGCCACCACAACUCUGCCACCCUCUGGGGUCUCUGUUCAUUGGCUGCAGAUGGAAUCUGGAACCAGAAAAUCCUGUUUGAGGAGUGUGAUCUCAGGAAUCAUGGCCUGCAGAAGGCAGAUGUGUCUGCUUUCUUGAGGAUGAACCUAUUCCAAAAGGAAGUGGACUGUGAGAAAUUCUACAGCUUCAUCCACAUGACUUUCCAGGAGUUCUUUGCUGCCAUGUACUAUCUGCUGGAAGAGGAGAAUCAGGGGGAGAUGAGGAACAUGCAGCGGAGUAGUUUGAAGCUUCCCAACCGAGAUGUGAGGGUCCUUCUCGAAAACUAUGGCAAGUUUGAAAAAGGGUAUCUGAUUUUUGUUGUCCGUUUUCUCUUUGGCCUUAUAAACCAGGAGAGAACCUCCUACUUGGAGAAAAAACUGAGUUGCAAGAUCUCUCAGAAAAUCAGACUGGAGUUGCUAAAAUGGAUUGAAACAAAAGCCAAAGGCAAGAUGCUACAGAUUGAGCCCAGCCAGCUGGAAUUGUUCUAUUGUUUGUAUGAGAUGCAGGAGGAGGACUUUGUGCAAAGGGCCAUGGUCUAUUUCCCCAAAAUUGAGAUCAAGCUCUCCACCAGAAUGGACCAUGUGGUUUCUUCUUUUUGUAUUGAGAACUGUCGCCACAUGGAAUCACUUUCCCUGAGAUUGCUCCGUAACUCAUCCAAGGAGGAGGAGGAGGAAGAGGAGGAGGAGGAAGAGGAGGAAGUUCAACACUCUGAUGUGAACCACUGUGUCCUCUCUGAUCCUCAUGUUGCAUAUCCUCAGCGAUUGGUGAACUAUCUCACUUCCAGCAUUUGCAGGGGCAUCUUCUCAGUCCUGAGCGAUAACUGGAACCUCACUGAAUUGAACCUCAGUGGCAAUACCCUGGGAGACCCAGGGGUGAAGGUAUUAUGUGAAACACUCCAGCAACCUGGAUGUAACAUUCGCAGAUUGUGGUUGGGGCAGUGUUGCCUUUCCCAUCAGUGCUGCUUCAACAUCUCCUCGGUCUUGAGCAACAAUCAGAAGCUGGUGGAACUGGAUCUGAGCCACAAUGCCCUAGGAGACUUUGGAAUCAGACUUUUGUGUGUGGGACUGAGACAUCUAUUUUGCAAUCUGAAGAAGCUCUGGUUGGUCAGUUGCUGUCUCACAUCGGUGUGUUGUGAUGAUCUCGCAUCUGUCCUGAGCACCAACCAUUCCCUGACCAGACUCUACUUGGGGGAAAAUGCUCUGGGAGACUCAGGAGUUGGAAUUUUAUGUGAAAAAGCAAAGAAUCCACAAUGUAACCUGCAGAAACUGGGAUUAGACAACUGCAGCCUCACCUCACACUGCUGCUGGGGUCUUUCCACACUUCUGACUUCUAACCAGAGCCUGCGAAAGUUGAGCCUAGGCAACAAUGACCUGGGUGAUCUGGGGGUCAUGCUACUCUGUGAAGUGCUGAAACAGCAGGGCUGCCUCCUGAAAAGCCUGAAGUUGUGUGGAAUGUAUUUCAAUUAUGAUACAAAACGUGCAUUAGAAACACUUCAAGAAGAAAAGCCUGAGUUGACCAUUGUCUUUGAGCCUGCUCGGUAGUGGUGGAAGCAGGGCUGCCAGACGCCAAGUUUCUUUGCCUUCCCUGCCAUCUAGGUGUGGAUAAGUGGUAGUGAGUACUCCUCCAUCAGGGUUAAGACCACCACUCUGUGAUUCUUCUGGUCCAGUGAGGAAGAGUGGAAGCUUGCUGAUGGUGCCUUUGCCUAGAGAAUGUGAGCAUCUCCUUUACGUCUGGGUUGAAGACACCAGGGCAAUAAAAUCAUCAAACUACGCAUUUCUCACCAUAGUGCCUCAGUCAGAGGAUUUGUUUCUCUUGGUGACCUCAUGUAACUAACUCAUUCAAUAAAGCACUUUUUCUUUUUCUCUUUUUGCUCUAGCUCUCCUUUCCCUCAUAUCUUCCCCCUCCCUCUUUUUUUGUUUACUUUUGACUGUAUCAUUCCUCCUGCCAUCUUUCUCUUAACUGACCAUAACAGAAUGAGUUAACUGUAUAUUAUGUUGCAAUUUUGUGGCAGCAACUUAUUUAUUUUUAAUCUUUGAACAGUUAUAUUUUCUAAUAAAAUAAUUCAUUUUAUUGUAUUUUAGCUGGUUUAAAAUUUGGAAAAUAG